AUCAAGGCCUGCACUUCUGCACGGACAGGCCAAUGCACAUAUCCCCAGGCUAUUGAAGAGUCCAUAUACUACUGUAAGCAUUGAAACUGACGGUAUUUUCCGAAAAUGUUUGGAUGUCCCCAUAUCUGGACCGCAUUUAGCGAUCGCGCCAAAAGGUCGACGCAUCCAACCGCAGACACUCUCAACCCGCAAAGCGACAGAACGGCCAUCACACCGACGCCUCAGUCGCACGUAAUAGAUGCUGCCACUCCGACAUUCACCAACAAAGAGCCGGCGCAAUUCUGUGAUGAAUCAUGCAGCGAAGACGACAAUUUUUGGGCGGGCGUGCCCGAAGUGCCGUCCUCGAGACAGGCAGCUGCUAUUGUGCCGUCUCCUCCUGUGGCGAUGAGAAGGGGGUCAUCGACUGACUUGUGGAUGGUUUUGGAAAGCAUCGGCGAUGAUGGAUCAUCACGUCCAGAUUCCACGUCGAAUGGGGAUCCGCCCAAUAACCGUCCGCCAUCUAUCGCGAAUUCUACAUCACCACAAGCUUCACUGACCCGUGCGACACCCCGUCGAGCCCUUUCCAACCCCUCUUGCCCCUCUUGUUCCAGUGUACAGCACGUACAACUACCCACCUCCCCGCAACGAACGGAAACUUCCCCGAAACGCGUGAGGUGGAUCGAUGAGGAAGUUCAAGGAGAGCGAACCGUCCGGAUUAAAUUUUUGGGCAAAAAACAAGGUAGAGUGGGAGUCUCGAUGUUCGGCCUUCAUACGGUACAUAGGCAGUUACUCAAAUGUAUCAUUGGCCUGCACAGUUGGCCCUUGGCCAUGAACCGUGAACGUUGGCCAUUACAAGGGCCAUUUUCGCAGAUUUUGCAAGCCGAAAUAGGCUCCAUGUUCUCUCAGAAUCCGGCGUAUUUUCUCGAUUAUUUCCUUCUUACCACUCGUCCUGUACAUACAAGAAAAAGAGUCCGUCUCAGCGACAUUUUCGAGAUAUGUUCGAGUACGUCAAUCUAGAUGCACUUUGAUGGAGAGCGGAUGCCUGGCUCGUAAUGGCAGCGAAGUUAGCCAAUAC